AUGGCUCUCAAUGUUCCUGGUCUGGUGGUCAUGGCGGGGUUCUACCUGCUCAUCUUGGGCACAGGAAUCUGGGCAUCCAUGCGCUCUAAAAAAGAGGAGAAGAAGUGCGCGGGAGAUGGCAUGGAGAUCACACUCCUGGCUGGACGCAAUAUUAACUUGCUAGUCGGCAUCUUCACUCUCACUGGUAAAGUAGAGGAAGCAAUACUCAGCUGAUUACCUGUAGUAUGUGCUGGCAAAGUUACUAAUUUUGACUGGGAAAGACUUUGUCCAAUCUAAUGGUUCCAAAGUAAAUCUGCGUUUAACUUCUUUGUCAAUAUUACGUUAAAUUGUAGCAUGUCAGUACUAAAUGUGGGCAAAGUUUCAAAUUGUGGGGUUGAUCUAAUGUGGGGUAAUCCUCAGCUGAGACCCCAGUCUGCUGUGAAGAGCUUGUGCAAAAAAACACAUGAGAUUCUUCAGUGAACCUUAUGAGAUUUGCACAAUUCAUGACAUCACAAAUUGUUGAAUCUCUAAUUCUCUUUGUUUGGGUUUUUAUUUUUUUGUCAAUUUUAAAACUUUCUGGGUCGAAUUAGGGCUCCAGCACAUAUUUUGAAUUGUGUCAUUGCAAACAGAAAAACAUGGCUUUGUAGCAUGGCAACAGUGGAAGAGGCUUCUUGAGUACUGGGGUGCUUUUAUGAUAGAAGCCACAGAGGGAGAGGGUUAAACAAGAAUUUCAAUAACACGAAACUCAAUUAAGUCAAGACUGUUUUGAUUAUUUUUAAAAAUAUAUUAUAUAGCUGUAAAUUAUUUAAAAAAUAUAUAUAUUAAAAGGGUUACAUAAGGCCAGAAAAUGUGUCCAUCCCACCAUAAGAAUAAUUGUCUUUCUAUAUUGAGAAGAAGUCAGUGAAAUGCUUAAGCUUAUGCAGAGCCUGGUUCAUGUUUAUUUUUCUAAUUCCAACACAUUUAUCUCAUUGCAGCUACAUGGGUUGGCGGAGGCUUUAUCCUUGGUAUAGCAGAGGCUACAUACAACCCGACACUUGGUGCAGUAUGGGCUCUCAUGCCUGUACCCUAUGUUCUGACCUUUUUCUUAGGUGAGUACCUGAAUCAUAAACAACAGCCAUCUGGUCUUUUUUGAGAAAUGAUGUCAGCUGAGAGCAGUCUGGGCCAAAGAAAAUGGAUACGUGUCUCUGUUCAUGAACUUACAUAACCAUGCAUGUUAUCCUCACAUUGCACAAAUGUGAAAACUCACACUCACUUCAUGUCUUGUAUGCAAAGAACUGCUGAUUUUGUUUGUAAUUUAAGACUAUGUUCCUCAAGACUUUGGGAUAAAAUGUUGAAAAGAAAAAUGUUGUUAAGGAGUCAACUCACUCCCACAGCUUCAACACUCAUCUGACUCUGAGUGCAAAUAAAAGUGUCGCUCAUGUUAAAAAUAGGCCCAUGCGAAAUCAGUUAAGGACUGUAACUUGAAGCAACAGGUGCAAAAGGAUGAGUCAACCCGCAGACGCAAUACCCCUGCUAAACACAUCAAAAAGCACAAACCCAGUAGUUCUUCUGAAAAUUUGUAACAGGUGAAAUAUUCAGUGUUUAGUCACCAAAGUCACAAUGGCCUGUAUGGUGUGAGUAAUGGGAACUGGAAACACUUAAGUCCCUAACCAGGAAAUACAACUUCCCUGUUCUGUCUGAGUCCAUUGUUGGUCAAGUGGACCCAAGAGUUCAGCUGAAGGUGUUUAUUGUGUUAUCUGAAUUGAACACUUAUUUUUCUUGUUGUUUAAACACACUUGUUUCCUCCCCUUCCUCCCCCUCUCCUUUGAGCUUUUCGAUGACAGAAUUAUUGCCACAUUUCAUAGCUGAUGACUUCACCAUUUUGAGAGAAAGGUUAUGAAUUUACGUCGGUCCUUUCCUCUCUGCUCCAGGUGGCUUUUUCUUUGCCAAGCCUAUGAGAGAGAACAAGUAUGUGACAAUGAUGGAUCCCUUCCAACAGAAGUAUGGGAACGUUCUGAGCAGUGCGCUGAUCUUCCCCGCAUUGGUUGCUGAUGUCCUGUGGGUGGCACGUACACUUGUCAGCCUGGGUAAGUUACUUCACACUAUAAAACUGUCUGGCACUUAACUGUGAAUACACACUCAUGCAGGCACCCACAGAUCUGGCUUCAAAUUGGCAUAAACACUACAAUAAAAAAAAAGCUGGGUGUUGAUUGAGUGUGCUUUUUGGCAACCUCAGCGUUAGUUAUACAGCAUCAAAGCAGGUGACACAAAUAAAAGUGGAAAAGAAUGAAAUGACAAGACAACUAAGGCAUUAAAUUGAUGCCUUCUGACAAUGUCACAACCAUUUACAUCAACCUUUUAUGACAGACACUUAAUCAUAUGUUGUUGCCAUGAUUUUGUGCCACGCCUUACAUCAAGCUGCUCAGUACACAAGCAUUGACAUGUUAAAAAGUUGGCAGGUGGCAAGAAAGCUACAAGCAUACACUAAGAAUUUAUGCAAAAGGCUUUAGAAAGAGUGAAUCGACAGCUUUUUCAAAAAGGUCCCCUUUUUCAAAAAUCCUCUGUCCUGUCACUGCUGAGCAAAAACUGAAGUAGUCACAGCUGGAGUUAACUGUCCAAAGAAGCCCCUGCUUCUUUGGGCUGAAGACUUUCUUGACUGGGGCACAUCAGGUGGUGUCCAUUAUAUAUGUAGUAAUUGAUAAGUGAAUAGUUUUGGUUUACCUUCUCUAUUUCAACUGAACAUACACUUUAAAUACACAGCCAAAAUGGUAUGUGCUAACAGGAGCCUUCCUUUAACGAAGUGCAAGAUUUCCUGAAAAUGUAGCCCUCUGUGUGUUUUCAAUUGCUUUAAAAAUAGAAAAAUGAAAUAAAUCAUUUAACUGUUUAAACUUUGUGCAGAAAUCUAUGUUGGCAUGCUCAGUUAACUCAAAGAUGAUCCAUAACUGAAAGUGAUAACUGACCUUUUCUGUGGGAGACUGAGUGUUAUUGGCAAAGGGUUGUUCUACACUGGCCUUAUACCAGCAUGUAUAAAGGACAUUAUUAUAGGUGUAGUCACAGUACGAGCUCAAAUAAACAUUUUUAGACAAGUUAGUUUCAUAAGACAGCAGAGUUGGCAUAUAUUAAUCUGCCUUGGAAUGGGAUUUUUAAGAAGCUGGGCAAUUAGUGUUGGCAUACAAUGACUACCGUCUGAGUCUUUCACCUGUCAAGACCCGUUGAUAAACUCAAGGGAACAGAAUGAACCAAAGGAAAUAGCCAGCACCUUAACAUUUAGCCUGAAGGCAUAUUGAGCUAUUCCACAAAAGCAAUUACCACCCAAAUACAGGAGACACUUCUUUUUGGAGGCUUUUUUAAAAUGAAUACUUAAAAGCAUUGACCCUUAACAUUUCAAACACAAUGAGGACCAGUCACUGAGAAACAGAAAACAGCUGUGUUAUUUGAGCAGAUUUAUGUGGCAUUAUGCAGUUGACAGGAUGGCUCUGUAAAGAUAAAGUGAGCCUUUGUGAUAUAAAUAACAUUGUUAUUUAACACUCAAAUAGAAGCCACUUCAUCAGGUCCACUGCUUUUACUGUUGUGUCUCUAAUCUGAGAGUGAUCCUUUAAUUGUGUGUGUGUGUGUGUGUGUGUGUGUGUGUGUGUGUGUGUGUGUGUGUGUGUGUGUGUGUGUGUGUGUGUGUGUGUGUGUGUGUGUGUGUGUGCGCGCGUGUGUGUUUAUGCCCUGAAAGUGAACCAAAGUGUGCAUGUGCUCUGCAGUGAGAAAAUGAGUGUUAGAGAAAAUGUGUGUUUUGGUGGCUGGGUUUUUUCAAACUGUUUACCUGUGUGUUUUUAAUGCUGUUUUUUUUCCAGUGUUAUUUGAAAAAGGGGGUUAAACAUCGAGCAGCCUGUUGAUUGUGAAAUGUGAUCAAUUAUUCAAACCAAAAUCAGAUUAUUGUGUUAUUCAAGGCUCUUUUAAUUUUCCUUGCUGAGGCACUGAAUCACCAGUAGAGUAAAUGGUACAUUUGAAAUCAUCCUUUCUGAAUAUGUGUAAGAUAAUGUUAAAAAUCAAAGAAACCAAUGAAAUCCAUCGUAUCCUUAAAAUUGCAUGACCAUGGUAGCACCUCAUGCUGUGCUGAGGCUCCACAAAAGGACUGGUAGAUGGCAGGAAUGUUCUUGGGACAUUUCUGUCCAAAACUAUAAAACCAUUUUAGAUUCAGGAGACCCCUCACUCCCUCACCUCCAAGAAAACCUCCUGCUGUCUUUUUUUUUCUGGGACAGCUACAAAUAUAUCCAUGAUGUGCGCAUCACGUCACACACAAACACACACGCACACACAUACACAUACACGUACACUUAAACACUUAACACCACCCCUGAGAGUGCACUAUAAAUUUGACCCACCACAGGGGCGUUGUUGCUCGGUUACUGUUUAUCUGUGUGUGUGUGUGUGUGUGUGUGUGUGUGUGUGUGUGUGUGUGUGUGUGUGUGUGUGUGUGUGUGUGUGUGUGUGUGGAGCUCAGUAUAAACUGAGCUCUAUGGUCAGCUUGGGUGGGUGUGUGUGUGUGUGGUGGUUUAGUGCCAGAAGUUAUUUAACUUAUUUAAACACACUUUCCAUGUGUUGUUAGUUGUGUCAUAUCAACAGUACACAGUCAUGGUCAAAUUUCUUCUGGGAAAAAUCUGGGAUGGGACAGAGAGGUUAUAAGUGUGUCUGUGUGUGUGCAUGCACGCACAUGCAUGAGUUUGAAACUGGGCCAUGGAUCUAAAAACAACGCAGGGUAUUUGGGCAGCCCCUUCUUUCUGUCCAUCCCUGGUGCUGCCCAUUACAUCCAGAGGCCCCUAAAUCUCUUACCAUCAUCCCCUCCCCUAAAUUUAGCUCGAGGGGAACAGCACAGCUCAGCAUAGAACAAACAUUAGAUCCAGUUCUAUAAAUGAAAAACAGCCCAUCUGGGAAUUAUUUAAUCUACAGUGAUAUGGUUGCAUCAUGUCCCUACCAUAAGCUCUGUCACAGGAAAAUAACACAAGACCUGGUAUGAAUGAGGGAAUUAUCCAGAUUUAUCAGCUGACAUGGAUUUCAGUUCACACAUGGCACCAGAGUGCAUCUCCACUGACCAUUUGUGGUUAGAGUCUGAUAACAUUUGAUCGGGAACUAUUUGCACAGCCAACCAAUUACACAACCAUAUAUAAAAAAAGAUACUCAUAAAGCUACACAUACUGGCUAUUUCAAAAUAAAAUUAUGUAAUAUGGCCUGACAUAAAAGCCAAAUGAAAACAUUACAGUAGCAGUUAUUGAAUUUUUUCAGAGUUGUUAGGCAAACUGAAUUUCCUCUUAAUGUGGUCAUAUGUAUUUGUAUCACUAAAAAACUCUAACGGUAUCACCGUCUGCAUUUUGUGCUUAGAUGCAUUGCUGUGCCAAGUGUGAACAGGUGGUUUAUAAAUGUAGUAUCCACUAUCUUGUUUCCUCAAGUGUUGGGUUUGUCUGUCUUCAGAGAAAAGAUUAAAAAAAUAUUUCGGAUUAUACAACAUAGCAGCUGAAAAAGACUCACCAGCAAGAAGCUUACCGGGUAACAGAUUUGAUUUCAAGAAUGGGAAACUCAUGGGUUUCCAGGUAUGCAUCCUCUAGAAUGGUGCAAAGCUAGUUGUGGUGGGGGAGGGAGAAAGUUGAGAGGGGAUGGAGUGGGGUGGGGUGGGGGGUCAGUAGGAGGGUAAAAGGUCAGUAGGGGGGUGAGUGGCGAUCGAUGGUGCCGAUCUGACACUUCUCUGUUUAAGGGCAUUGUUGUGGUGUGGCUGCAGGCUGCGGCUGGGGGGACCCUGGCAAUGUGGCAGAAGAGACGGUGAAGGUAGUGACGUUUUGCUUGCCUUGUUUGAGUAACAAGAUGUUUAUUCAUUUGUUUAAAUUUGCAUAUAAAUACAAAUCCCUUUUGAACCCAUUUCAUUUCUUGAAGACUCUUCUCUUCAUUUUUUCUUAUUUCUUCAUCAUUCUUACAAUUUAAAUUUACUCAUUAAGACUUUUUAAAAAAGGGUGAUAAUUCACCCUAAAGGGUGAGAGUUUUAUUUGGAAUCACAAUCAAUAGGCUGCUUCUUUUACAUGUUCUGUUUUUGAUAACUUUAUUAUUGUCAGUUUUGUUGGCUUGCAUUAUCAAAGCUUUUGGAUGCUUCUAGUGGUUUCAAUCAAAGAAACUCAUUCCCAAGUGAAACCUACUCACUGAAUUAUAAGGCUAGAAAUGAAAUGUUUUGCUUUUGGUUUUAUCUGUUCAGUUUUUCAGUUCUGCAAUUAGAAAUAUAAAUGGUUUGACAUGUUAAUGUCAUAAGCUAGCUUCUAAUUCAAUCUUUAAUAUUACUACCUAUGUGUGGAUGCAUGUAUAUAUAUGUGUGUCUGUGCGAGAGAAAGACUUCUAAAAGGAAAAAGAGAGACUGAGAAACUAAUAAAACAAGUUAAUUACUACAGUAAGCAGUUGCAUGUAUCAGUUGCUACCAACUGCUGUAAAUUAGAUGACUUGCUAAAACAGUGUUUGUCUCUGAUAAUCAUGCGAUACUCAUCCCUGUGCUUUGUUGUUCCAGGUGGAACUAUGAGUGUGAUCCUGGACCUGUCCUACGUCUACUCCAUUAUCAUCUCCUCAGUUGUAGCCAUUAUCUACACACUGCUAGGAGGGCUCUACUCUGUGGCCUACACAGAUGUCAUCCAGCUCAUCCUCAUCUUUGUCAGUCUGGUGAGUAAUGGUUGAUUCAGCAGCCGAUUUUAACAAACAGGGCGUGGAAACUCUGGAGUGCCUCAGGCGUCCAGUAAAAGAGAAACAAAUUUCAGUGAAAGUACAACUAUGAAAACACCAGGAUUAGCUCACAUAUAAGUAACUGUAUCCUCACUUCAUCACUGUCAUUGUUCAGGGAUUGGUUUGUGCUUUAAUAAAUAAAGUUUCAACCUUCAAAGAUGUUUAUCAGUCUAGCCUGAUAAGCAGUAACUUUAAAUCAACUCAACAUUAAACUUUUGUAUCUAUGAAUCGACGGGUUACGCUGAGAGCAUAAUCUAAUCAAUUUUGUGCAGUAUAAUGAAAGUAAAACACGUCAUACAAGCCACAUAAAGAAACUUUUUUGCUUUCAAUGCCGAUUAUUUUUCACUCCCAUCAGUGUAUUCAUGGAGAAGUUGCUCUUGAAAUUUCAAUAAUAUCACAUGAUUUCAAGCAGAAGCAUGAAAAAUGCAGAUUAAUAUUGUUAGUCCUUUAGCUACUUCUCAUGCUGAUGUUGGUCUUGUUAAACAACAUCAGCUGAUUGAGACCAUGUGAUGGGAUUAAAACUCCAAAUGCUGCUUAUUGAACCCAUGGUAAGGUUAUAUUUGUCUUGAUAUACUGGUCGUUGUCAACCAAACAAAAUAUGAUAGGAAGCUAUGAAAGUAAGUGUGGAAAACCCCCGGAAACCAAACUCAAGCAAGGUACAGACACCUAAUUUCCAGUGACAGAGCUAAAACCUCCUCCACUGGGCCCAUAAUCAGAUUAUUUGUGUUCUUGUGUUUGUGUACACAGUGGGUGUGUGUUCCUUUCCUGUUGACCAACCCUAACUCUGUGGACAUCUCACUGACGGCUUACAACCAGACCUUCCAGGCUCCCUGGGUCGGCACGGUGGAGCUUGAUGAGGCCGGCAAGUGGUUUGAUGACUUCAUGCUGCUGGUGAGUGUGUGAACUCUUUAUGUACACGAACACAGACAGCCCUGAAUGUUUUCUCAAAGACAGCUUAUCUAGUAUUUACAUGACUCCAGCCAUUACAGAAAUUAAAUUAAAAGGGACCCAGCAGUUCAAUUGAAUGGUCUGAUUUCAUUAGAUGUGUAAACAGCUGAGCACAACAACAGCAGGGUCAUAAGAGGAUUGCUCCUCCCAGUCCUGUGUGGCUGUAAAGACUGAUUCCUGUCAUCAUGUCUCAACCAUGUGUUUGUUCCAGGCUCUGGGCGGUUUGGCCUACCAGGCGUUCUACCAAAGAAUCCUGUCAGCUUCGUCUUACACUCAGGCUCAAGUGACCUGCUUUGCCUCAUCAGCUUUCUGCCUGGUACUCGGUAUCCCCUCUGUGGUGGUCGGGGCUGUGGCUGCAUCAACAGGUAUAUGCUACUGAUUUACAUUUCCAGAGAAGUCUAAACUCAGCCGUCCUUGGCUUGGAGUCACUGCACAGUUGUCGCAUUUUUCUCAUCGUUUCAUUGAAUUAAGCUCUGGUUAUCAGAUUUCGUGUAAUGCUUGGUUUGAUCAUUUCUCCUUCCCCACAAUCAAUUAAACAUUCCUUCAAUUUUCACCCAAAUCUGUCCUCCCCUCCCCAGACUGGAACUCAACCAAUUAUGGACUGCCAACCCCAUACGAGCGUGGACAAGCUGGCUCCAUCCUGCCCAUCGCCCUGCAGUUCCUCACACCGGCCUAUGUCUCUGUCAUUGGUAUUGGAGCUGUUGCUGCUGCUGUGAUGUCCUCCAUGGACUCAGCUCUUCUAUCCUCCGCCUCGCUGUUUUCCUCAAACAUCUACAAGAACAUCAUCAGAAAACAGGUGAGAAGGAUGUCAGUGCAGAAUUAUUUUUUCACCCUUCAAGACACCAUACUUUUAUUUUAACAAAGAGGAAGAAAGGUUAACACACAAAGGUUUAGUGCAGGGGUCGGCAACCCGCGGCUCUGGAGCCGCAUGCGGCUCUUUCUUCCCUAAGCUGCGGCUCCCAAUGGAUUUGGAAAAUAAAUAAUAAAUACUUAAUUGCAUUUUAUUUUAUUUUAUUAUUAAUUUUUUUUUUUGUAAUUCUAAAUUCAAAGAUUAUAAUGCUCUUGUAACAUUAAAUAAACUAUUUAGGCUGCAACAACGAAUCGAUUAAGUAGAUUCGUCGUGACGAAAAAAUCCUUUGCCAACAAAUUCUGUAAUCGAUUCGUCGGGUCUUUAUAUAUGUCCAUGGACACCGGCGUGUAAACAUCAGCAGAAUGCAUGCACAGAAAAGAAACAGCCAUGGCCGAGGCAGCGGCUGAGAAAAACAUGGACACAACCCAACCCAAAUCCCGACCUAAAACAUCAGUGGUGUGGGAAAACUUCACCAAGACUGAAAAGGAAGGCGUUCAGUGCAACAUUUGCAAAGCCCGUUUUGCAUGGCUCGGGAGUACAUCAAUGAUGCGUGAGCACAGGGCUCUCAAGUCUCACGCAUUCAGCGUAUUACACACGCAUUCCCACUCGUUCACACGCUCACACACCACACAUUGUAUUUCUCACGCAUUUAAAUGAACACGGUGAUGUCCACCAAGUUGCACUUCUUCAACUAUGGAACUGGGGGAAAUCAACUGAGUUACUCCGAGAGUUCAGAAGCUGCGUGCCACGCACAAGCCAAUCAAAUAAAGUAUAUCUACUGAACAGCCAACCAAAAAGCAGCAUUGCUGUAUCCGGGUAGAUUUUGAUAUCUUGCGGUUUAACUACAGAAGAAGACAGACACUCGCCGAAAUAGUUCAUUUAUUUCAUAAAUGCAAUUCGCUACAGUUUUUUAUAUACUUUGUAUAAAGGUAAAAAAAAAAGAUAUAUGCAAUGUUAUCUUCAUUUUAGAUGUCAAAGAGGUUUUGUGGCUCCCUGUGUUUUCUUUUCUGUGGGAAACUGGUCCAAGUGGCUCUUUGAGUGUUUAAGGUUGCCGACCCCUGGUUUAGUGAAUAAGAGCUGUUUGGCCUCUUUGCUAAGUCAUGAUUUUGAUGCUUUCAAGCCUGAUCCAAUAAUUGCUGCAGAUCUUACAUGAGGAUAUUGAAAUUAUACUGCAUCAUCUUAAAAUAAUAGGAUUAGUUCUCUCUAUUGUUACUUUUGACUCUUGAGCCAGUGUGAUUUAACAUGUGAUUCAAAGGAAGUUCCGUCACAUCAAGUCAUGUGAUGAGUGCAAGUCGAAGGCCGCAGAGAAGGCUGGCACUUUUGCUCUACUAACAGCUGAUGUAGUGCCCUAAUCACUGUUUAGUUUUCAAACAGUGUCAUAGUUCAUACAAACAUUAAACGUGUUAUUUUGUCGUUAGUUUUCAUCUGCAUACCUGAGCGAGUAUUUUUGCUCAAAUGAAAGUCAAAAAGUCUGAUUGUAGUCUUGACACUGACACAUUUUGUCAUUGCUGUGUUUACUGACGUGUUAUGUUUCCAAAAGAAUGCAAUAAAUGUGCUCUGUCAAGUGAGACUGCACUCCAAGACAACUCCCACAAUAAACCUACUUAGCAUCCUCUGCUGCUGUGAGAAAAUUCUGAUGAUAUCAUAAUCAGAUUUGACCUUUGCUUAUUCAUGAAAAGCACGCAAUGUUAUAAUCUCCCUUUGAGGAUCAUUAACUUGUCUCUAUUUGUGUAAAAAAACAGCUAGACAUAAAUCUAACUCUAACAAGUCAUCUGUCUUGUGUGGGCAGCCCCAGGACAUUUACAGCCCAGAGACUCUGUCACUACACUGUACUAUCACGGCAAAAGCUGGAGGCAGCAACAAAGUGGCUAUUGACUAUAUGAUACUGCACAUUCUUUACAGUAAGCCCACUACUGAGCCAUGUUUAUGAUGUUUAUUCUCAUAUAACAAUGAUCCAGUUCAUUAUUUCACCCCCUAGGAAUGUUCCAUAUAAUUAGCCUGUUUACUGGUGAGCCCGUAUAGAGUUGUAGAGCUCUGUGACUGGAUUCUGGUUUUGUAAGGCGAGUAGGAGACCUCAAGAUGGUCCCUAGGUUUUUAGAUUGUGUAACAGGGUAUCAGGUGAGUCUGAAUUCUUUUGGUCUUUCUUGUGUCCCCUUCCUCUCCUCUCCUGCAGGCCUCAGACCGUGAGAUGCAGUGGGUGAUUCGUAUCUCAGUGGUGGUUGUGGGCCUGGCAGGCACUGCCCUCACUUUCUUGGACAGCAGUGUUCUGGUCUUCUGGCUCGUGGGCGUGGAUAUGUCUUACACUAUCAUGUUCCCUCAGCUGGUCUGCAUCCUCUUCUUCAAGGUGUCCAAUGGCUACGGAGCCAGUGUGGGCUACCUGAUGGGAAUCAUCAUGAGGGUUCUCAGCGGAGAGCCCCUCAUUGGCCUCCCACCAGCCAUCAAGUUCCCAGGCUGCAGGCCAGACGAAGAGGGGAGGAUGACACAGUUUUUCCCCUUCCGCACUGCAAUCAUGCUAAUUUCCCUCGCAUCUAUCCUGAUAGUCUCUUGGCUGGCAUCCAUCAUUUUCAACAAGGGCCUGCUGCCUGAGAGUUGGGAUGUGUUCAAGAUCAAACGCAAGCAGAAACCAACAGAAAGUGCACCAGUCCACAAGAGGACCCUCAAUGAACAGGAAGAUCCGUCGGUUGCCAAGCAGCUACUGGACACCACCAGCUGCUGA